GGGCGCAGCCGAAACAAAACGGUGAGAGAGAACAAUAACCAUCGCUGAUUCACUUAUAAGCGAUAGGUGCCCACUGUUGAUAGCAGCAGAGUAACCAUCAGAGCAGCAGCAACAGCAGCAUAUCUUCUCACAGAUUCAUCCUUGUUGCAUUUCAUACGCCACAUCUUCUACUGACAACAUGUCUAGCACAAAAAUAGAGUGGUCUAGCAAGUUUAAAAACAUCAAGAGACCCAGCAUAAAUUUCAAGAACCCCAUCAGCAGUAAAGAGAAAGAUGGGAACACAGAAAACAAAACAGUGGUUCACAAAUCAUUGAUCAACUAUUACAUCAAAAACCAGAACUCUCAGUUCCCCCAAUGGUUGGUAGAAAACGACGAGAAACAUAACAUUAACAGCUUUUCCCCCACCUCCAGCAUCACCACGGUUUCUUCCAAUGAUACUUUCAGCAACAGACCUCCUACCAGCAACUACAACAGGAACUCCAAGAACAGAUUCAGCUACGAGAGAACUCUGACGCCAGCAUCGGCUUCGUUGCAGUCGCUCUACACCAAAAACAGCUCCUCCACGAUCUCCUCCAACAACUCCCCCAGCCAGGGCCAGGGCCAGGGCCAAUACCAGUUCACCCAGCAAAGCACACACGCUUUCAGUCAACAGAACCCAGAUAACAGCAAUAAUAGGUACUCUACCAGCUCACUCCAGUUCAAAGAGAAGUUCAUGGGCCAAAGAAACAGACAGAGCUUCCAGCUCGACUCGUACAGCUACAACUCGCGAAGCACAGAGAAGCAGCUGUCGUCCAAGAUCAAAGCCAGUUGGUCGCUGUUGAAGAAGUAGUGCAUGUUACAUAGCUCCAGUAUAAUAUAAUCUUUUAGUCUAAUUUUCUAAUUUUCCAAUUUUCCAAUUUUGUAAUCUUCUAAUCUUCUAAUCUAUCUUUCCUCAUUUUUCCUUAUUUUCCUCUGGGCUGGAUUUUCCGUCGCGCUCAAAACGGCAACUCUGCCUUCCGGUCUGACGCAGAGACACACCAGUGUGCAUACACCCGCGUGUUCUGGGCCCGGCCA